AUGGAAGAGGGCACCAAUUUCAUAUGGUCCACCAUCUUCCAACAUAAUGACCCUUCUGAACGCAAGCCUAUAGAAUCUAUCAAUGUUUAUAUCAUCGACGUAUGCAAAGAGAAGGCAGAUGGUGUAGCUUUCAUGUGGGGAGAAAACAACCUUAACUUUAGCAAUGUUAUGAUAGAAAAGUAUGAUUACCAAGGGCCAGAAAAAUGGGAUUUGAAAAAGGAAUACACCGCGGUUAUGUACCAUGAAAUCACUCAUAUUUUACAAUGGGGUGGUGGGGGUAAGGCCCCCUUGGACUACAAGAAGGAGUCGCGGAUUACACAAAGAUUAAAACAACUCAUGCAACCGGACUUUGUUAAGCCAGGGGAAGGGGCUUAG